UUCCCUGUAUCCGUCAAGUCGGAAAAGCUGAAAAGGAUUUGUUAAUCUGGAUCAGUGCAGAAGGGUUUUCUUACAAGGCACAAGUGUGGGCUUCUGCAUCACUUUGAGGUGAAGGGGAGAAAGGAAUGAAACACCUGGCAAUGGCUGUCCGCCUGCUCCUGGCUUUUUUCUUUUCCUUUAGUACAGCUCUUCAAGUGCCCGAUAGUGGAAAAUUUCUAAUCUAUAAUGAAGACAGCAAGCUCUGUGCCCAAGCUCAGAACACUAGCUCGGUCAUAACGGCCACUUGUGAUGAGCACAACGAGUUCCAGCAGUUCCGGUGGAUCUCUGCCAUGCAGCUGCUCAGCAUGGGGAUGAAGCUGUGCCUGGGAGCACUUGCCAAGGAUGACGAGGUUGCCGUCACAUUGGAAACCUGCAACAGGACGAAUGAGCUUCAGCAGUGGGGAUGUAGAAAUGAAACCCUUGCAAUUAAAGGCACUGAUUUAUUUCUCAACUAUGGCAAAGGGAAGGGGAAGAAAAUCAGGCUGUCCAAAGGAACAGGCAAAGGGAGCAGGUGGAAAAUCCAUGGAACCGCAAACGCUGUGUGCUCCCAGCACUACGAGGAUAUGUAUACACUGGGAGGAAAUACUUUUGGUGCUCCUUGUGUGUUCCCUUUCAAGUUCAAUGGUAAAUGGUACGCAGAGUGCAUCGCUCAGAGUGGUGACGCAGACUCUCUCUGGUGUGCAACUUCUUCAGAUUUUGAUAAAGACCAACGUUUUGGAUAUUGCCCAUUAAAAGACACCAUCCACAAAGACUUCUGGAAAACAAAUCCUUUGACAGGAACCUACUAUCAGAUAAACACAAACUCACUGCUGACAUGGCACCAAGCAAAGAAAAGCUGCCAGCAGCAGAAUGCAGAAUUAUUAAGUGUCACGGACCUUCAUGAAGAAAUGUUUUUAUUAGGGCUCACUAAUGAUCUGGGUUUCAAUGCCAAACUCUGGACUGGUCUUGUCAACAGACUUAAUGGUGGCUGGGAAUGGACUGGGGGUAGUCCUUUCAGAUAUCUAAACUGGGCUCCAGGAAAUCCCUCUGUGGAACCUAUAAAAAUGUGUGGGACAUUCCAAGGCAGGAAUGGCAAAUGGGAAAACCUGGCAUGUGAUCAGAAACUGGGAUAUAUUUGCCAAAAGAGAAACUCCACCGUGGAUUCCUCCACUAUUGCCUCAGGUGACAUAAAGCCUGUUAAGUGCCCCAGAGAAUGGGUAGCCUAUGUAGGUCAUUGCUAUAGAAUUUACAGAACACCCAAAAUAUGGAAACAAGCCCAGUCAUCUUGCAGAAAAGAAGAUGGAGACCUGACGAGUAUUCAUAAUAUUGAGGAGUACAGUUUUAUAGUGUCUCAGCUUGGGUACAAGCCAGAUGAUGAGCUGUGGAUUGGUCUAAAUGACUUCAGGUUUCAAAUGUAUUUUGAAUGGAGUGAUGGGACACCUGUGACGUACACCAAAUGGCAUCACAACCAGCCGACCCAUACACGCAAUAAGGCAGACUGCGUUGUUAUGAAUGGAGAGGAUGGAGCUUGGGCUGACAGUGCUUGUGAAACAAAGCUUGGUUACAUCUGUAAAAGAAAACCUUUGGCAGAAGAAUCAGGGGAAGCUGAGGUUACUUACCCGGGCUGCCAGAAAGGCUGGAUGAAGCAUGGCUUUUACUGUUACUCCACUGGGCAGUUACCAGCAACAUUUUCAGAAGCAAAACAAAUCUGUGAAGAAAAUAAAGCUCACCUGGCUACUGUGACCGACAGAUAUGAACAGGCUUUUUUGACUUCUGUAAUUGGAUUUAAUCCAGCAAAACAUUUCUGGAUUGGCCUCUCAGACACGGAAGAAGAGGGGACAUUCAAGUGGGCUAGUGGGGAUGCGGUCAUCUUCACCCACUGGAACGUAGGGAUGCCAGGAAGGGAGCCAGGCUGCGUGGCCAUGAGAACAGGAACUUCAGCUGGAUUAUGGGAUAUUCUCAACUGUGAAGAAAAAAAUAUGUUUCUGUGCAAGCAGCUGGUGGAGGGUGUGACCCCCCCACCCCCUCCAACGAAUCCCCCACUCCCGUCCUGCCUGGAGGGAUGGCAUUCUGUUCCUCAGAGCAGCUUUUGCUUCAAAAUUUUUCAGAGAGGAAGGGAGAAGAUGGAAACAUGGCUUGGAGCAAGAGAUUUUUGCAGAGCCAUUGGAGGAGAUCUGGCAUGUAUUCACAGUGAAGAAGAACAAAACCUAAUAGCGGGCAUGAAGAGAGAUUAUCUUCACAUGUCUUACUGGAUGGGUUUAAGUGCUUUGGACUCUGAUGGAGGAUUUACAUGGAGUGACGGCUCACCAGUAAAUUUUGAAAAAUGGGCGAAUGGAGAACCAAACAAUUACGAUGGAAAUGAAAAAUGUGGAGUGUUUAAUGGCUACAAUGAUAUGAACUGGAAUGAUUUAUUUUGUGAACAUAUGCAGGACUAUGUUUGCCAAAUAAAAAAAGGAGCAUCAUUGAAACCAGAGCCUACGUACACAUUUGAUUAUGAAUAUAUUGUUAGUGAAGAUGACUGGAUAAUAUAUAAUCAUAAGGAAUACUACUUUAGCAAGGAAGCAAUGGCAAUGGAAAAAGCGAGGGACUACUGCAAGAAGAAUGGUGGUGAUCUUGCCAUCAUUGAGGGUGAAAGUGAAAGAACAUUUCUUUGGAAAUAUAUUUUCUAUAAAGAUUGGGGAAAUAACUUCUAUAUUGGCUUAAGUGUGAGCCUUGAUAAGACAUUCCGAUGGAUGGAUGGAACUCCUGUCAACUAUGUUGCCUGGGCUCCAAAUGAACCCAACUUUGCAAAUAAUGAUGAAAACUGUGUGGUUAUGUAUACCCAAACAGGUACGUGGAAUGAUCUCAACUGUGGCAGUGUUGAAUUAUUCAUCUGUGAAAGGCUUAACAGAACUGUUCGCCCAACUAUUGCUCCCACCACACCACCACCAAAGGGUGGGUGUCCAGAAGACUGGCUUCUCUUUGAUAACAAGUGUUUCAAAAUAUUCGGCCUUGAUGAAAAUGAUACACUGACGUGGCACGCUGCACGGAACAAUUGUAUUAAUUUUGGAGGAAACCUGGCUACUAUUUCAAAAAAGGAAACACAAGCUUUCCUCAUGUCCCUCUUAAAAAAUGCUGCAACUGAUGCCUGGGUUGGACUGAAUGACAUAAAUCAGGAGCAUGUUUACUUAUGGACAGAUGGAAGCCCAGUUUACUACACAAAUUGGGCAAAAGGUUCCCGAAGUUAUUAUAGUAAGGAUGACUGUGUCUAUAUGAUAAAGAACCCUAUUGAACAGGCAGGGAAAUGGAAAGAUGAAGAAUGUAAAGCAAGCAAAAGCUACAUAUGCCAGAAAAACACUGACCCUAACCUGCAAAAUUCCCAACCCACGGUCCCGAUGUUCGGCUUUAACAAUUAUGGUGAUGACCGCUAUGCAGUCAUCAACUACAAAAUGAGCUGGGAAGAGGCACAGAAGAACUGCAGAGACCAAUAUGCAGAACUUGCCAGCAUUCUGGAUCCUUAUGCUGAAUCCUACCUGUGGUUACAAAUAUUAAAGCAUGGGGAGCCUGUAUGGAUUGGUCUUAACAGCAACACAACUCGUGGCCGUUACAUGUGGUCAGAUAGAAGGAGGAGCAGGUAUUAUAACUGGGCCAGUGGAGAGCCAAAUAAAAACACGGCCUGUGCCUAUCUAGAUCUGGACGGUUUUUGGAAGACAACAUCUUGCAAUGAAACAUUUUUAUCUCUCUGUAAACAAUCUGACGAGUUAAUCCCUAGUGAACCACCACAGCUUCCUGGAAAGUGUCCUGAACCGAAGCGUGGUAGAUCUUGGAUUCCCUUCCGUGGCCAUUGCUACUAUGUUCACACCACUUCUGAAGAAAGCUGGCCUGAUGCUUCCAUGAUGUGUAUUCAGAUGGGUGCUUCUCUGGUUUCCAUAGAAGAUCCAGCUGAACUGAACUUCCUUUUACUUUACUUGUCUCCACUUGCAAGUGACUUCAGAAGGUUUUGGAUAGGAUUAUUCAAAAAUAUUGAUGGGGAAUGGUUAUGGGCAGACAGAAGUGUGGUAGAAUAUGUCAACUGGGAGAAAGGAGAGCCUACAGUAAUUUUUGAUGAACACUGUGUUGACAUGGAUGUCUCAAGUGGAGCCUGGAGGAACUAUUACUGCUCUGUUGACCAGAAUUUCAUUUGCAAAAUCCCCAAAAUUAUUGAAGUUGAACCAACCCAUGAUUCAUCUGUCAAUAAAGCAUCAAAAAGAGAAGCUGCUGCUUCAUCCUCACAUAGUUUAAGUGUGAUGAUUGUUAUACUGAUCUUCCUACUGCUAGCAGGAACUGGCCUUACAGUCUAUUUUUUCUAUAAGAAAAGACAUGAACAGAAAACAAUUACAGCCAGUUUUGACAAUGCUAUAUACUGUGGUGAUACUGACCCUGGAACUCAUGAAUCAAGGUGCCUUGUGACCAAUAUUGAAGAAAAUGAACAGGCAACGGUUUAAUAAUCAGGUCAAACUUGGAAAUGAAUUACUGUUUCAUACUAAGGACUGAUUUGGAAAUGAAUUAAAGCACUGGAAUAUCAGAAUUCUUAAGUUAAAGUGAUUUUCUUCUUUGGAAACUCUAGUUCAUUUUGCACAGGUUGCUUCUUGCCUUAUGUACUAGCAGAACUAAGCAAUCUUGCAACACUCCGGAUCUGCUCACAGACAGCAUUACCUGGCAGGACAUGCUUAUGACCCUGGAGCUACACUGUGUAAAGGAACACUUGGGCUGUUCCAGUCUGUAUGGGUCCUGCAUCACUUUUGGGCAUGAAGAGAACCAUACUCAUCGCAGGCAAUUGUGAGAAUAAAUGUCUUAACAUUCUCCAAAAAGUAUAUCCAGAUCUGUAGGAAUCCUGAAAAUGCCUCUACUGAUCUCCACUGACUGAUCACAGACUGGCAGAAUUGCAUGGGUCGGAUGGGACCUUGCAGCUCACUUCAUGCACAUCCCUGCUUGAAGCAGGACCAGCUCCCUGCCCCAGCUAGGCGGUCAGCUCCCAUGCUUAUCCACACUCUUGGUGAAGAUUGCUUUCCUUAUACUACAUUUGAAUUUCCCUUGCCUUCCCAAUUUUGCACAGCAAAAGACUGCACACCUCUGAGAAAAUUUUGGUUGCAUCUUUUCUCUAACCGACUUGUAGUUGAAUACAAGACUUAGGUCUCCCCUUAAUUUAUUCUCUCUGCUCUUUCAGAUUCUUAUUGUAACCACAUGCACAUAUAUCAAGUCCCCUACUCCUUUCAGUGGCCCGUGGCUAGACCCUUCAUUUUUCCACCAUCCAGUUCCAGCACUUACUUAUACAUACUUGGGGGUAUAACUUACUAGUUAUACCCCCACAGGUGAAGCUAGACUUGAAAUCAUUGACAAUAUAUUACUCUUUAGACCUGCUGGGCCAAGCAGUUUUUCACCCACCUUGCCGUAGACCAACUAUAUUAAGAGAGGAUUUUGAAAGUCCUGCUAAGAUCAAGGUAAAUGACAUCCACUACUUACUCCCUUCUCUGGUGACUGCAAGACAAUAAUUUUGUCAUAGGAAGUAAUUGGUUUGGCCAGGCAUAAUUUGCCCUUUAUAAAUGUGUUCUGGCUGUUCCCAGUCACCCUUUUUUGUCUAUUUUGUUCCUGGAAAUCGUUUCCAAGAGAAUUGUUCCAUAAUCUUCCCAAGGACUGAGAAGAGGCUGCCUGCAUUUUUGCUCCCAAAUCCUCCAUCAUUCCUGUUUUGAAGGUAUGACAUCUGACUUUUCCAGUCACAGGUGCAUUUUUUUCCAGGUGAAUCCUGCAGUCACUGUGAUGUGUCAGAAGUGACAGAGUGCAGAAUCCCAGUGACCACAGACAACUCCCUCAGUACCCUCAGAUACAUUCCGUCAGGUCCCGUGGACAUCUAUAGGUACAGCUAACCUUAUUCCUAACUCAAUCCUUCUGCACCAUGGGUUGUACUGUUCUUCCCUAACAGCUGCUGCUAAAUGCAGAGACCUGGGAAGUGUGAGAAAUGGUUGAUAGCAUUGAAUACCUCAGCCCUAUGUCUUGUAGGUCUCCUAACACAUUCAGCUGUGGGCCUGCAUCUUCCUUUUGCAGCUGAGGUACCCACAGAAAUCCUUUGUUACCCUUCAUAUUCCUGGCUAGUCUGAACCCCAGCUGAACUUUGCCUUUCCACAUUCUGUCCCAGUGUGCCCAGGACACGUCCCUCUUUGCAUGCUGGGUAGCUUGUUGCCUUUUUCACUUUCCUUACACUUUGAGCUUUUUGAGUUUCCAAUCAAUCAGAAAUUCCCCAUGGGGCUAGGCCUGCUUGCUGCCCUGCCUACUUCGUGUCUUGCAUAUUGGGAGAAACCAUUCUUGAGCUUUAAGGAGGUUGUCCUUGAAGAUGGAAAAGCUGUCCUCGGAUCCUUGGCCUUUCAAUAACCUCGUGCAGACUUGAUUUUUCUUUGGAUCAAUGUCGUAUAAAUUCAGGUCAGAAAGUUCCAAAAUACAGAUAGCAUGCAUUCUCAUACUGGGAUAUUUAAUUCUACAGCACAUACCUGUAGUAUGGGAAUGAUGCAAUACUUCCGAGUAUCUCAUCACAAAAGUAUUAUUAAAUCUAAUUCUGUCAGUCUUUUGUAAAAUUUCAGUCUUAUCUGAAUAAACACGUUUUCCCUUUAUGACUUAUAUAAGCAUUGAAAGAUCAGCUAUAAGAGGUAUGAGUGUACUGUGAAUAGAAAUAUGUUCUCGUUUAAAUAACAGAAUAGGAAUUUCAAAGAAAAGAGAGAGAAUGAGCAGGAUACUUAAUACACAGCUGACAAAAUUGUGUAAAAUUUAUCAGUGAACUCUCCAAUACCAGUGAAGAUUUUGUACCUUUUUAGGCCAUUUUUUUUUUUUUUUCAAAGUCUAAUGAAGCUUGUUAUUAGAAAGGCUUUUGUAAUUUCUAACUGAGUUUUCUCUGUCAAAUCUGUUUCAGUCCUGUAAAUUUCAUUCCAGACUUCCAUCAGGACUGAGCUGAUAGCACUGCAUUUUAUCCAAGUGUAUCCUCUGUGUUCAGAAAGCUU